AUGCCAGGCAUGAGCGGUCCGCCUCCAGUUCCUCAGCAAGAGGCCAACCACGCGCCAAUUCCCCAAGCCAAACCAUUCGUGUCAUCACUGCGAUACCCCUCCAGCAGAAAGACCAUCUACGACCGCAACCUCAACCGAACGAAGACCACCGAGAUCUCGCUCGCCUCCUUUUCAUACCUCUUCAACAGCCUCAUCACCUACCACCAUGCCAAGUCCGGCUCCGUCAGCGAGAUCGAGACCAGGCUCAAUCGUGCGGGAUAUCCUAUAGGCAUCAAAAUGCUCGACUUGCUGCUUUAUCGCCAACCUUCACGAACGGCCGCACGACCGACACGAAUGCUCGAUUUGCUACAGUUCAUUCAUGGGACCUUAUGGCGAGCACUGUUCAACCGGAGCGCAAGUGCGUUGGAGCAGAGCAAUACGAAGAAGAACGAGUACAUGAUUAUCGACAAUGAGCCACUGGUCAACACAUUCAUAAGCAUACCAAAGGAAAUGAGCCAGCUCAACUGCGCUGCGUUCAUUGCUGGCAUCAUUGAGGGCAUGUGUGAUGCUGCGGGCUUCAGUACCGAUGGAGUUACGGCACAUUGGGCUGGAGAGGGCGACGAGAUGUGGCCGGGCAAGACCAUCUUCUUGCUGAGGUUCAAGGACAGCGUGGUGGAGAGGGAAGAAGCAAUCAAAGCGGGGGGAGGUUAA